UCUAGAUAAGUCUGGGGGAUUCCCCAGUCUGCCUUCAGAAAUAUCACUCUAGAAGCAGUCCUAGCUUCACUCUGCUCUCACAGUCCAUCCUGCAGAGAGGCACGCUGCUGCUGCUCUGUCAUCUGGAGCAGGAAAAGCCAUGUCUUUGGGAGUCUGUGCUCUGCUCAUCAUCCUGUGCAAUGUCUGGUGCUUGAUCCGUGGGACUUCUGUGAUGAUCCCAGAUGUUGCUGUGAGGUGUGCUGAGGAUGUGGUGCUGCCCUGUAAAGCUCUUCAGGACCCCUCAAACUCCUACCAGACAGUGUCUUGGCAUAAAAUGGCUGGAGACAGCGAAGGAAUAGCAUGGGAAGUCCUUGAUAUGGAAUCUCAUUUUCCACGAGAAGCUGGGGGGUCCUUGGAGCUCUCCAAUGACACCUCCUUUUCACUGAGGAUCAAAAACGCGACCGGCCGAAACAGCGGGACGUACAGGUGCACUUUGGGGGAGCAGAACGGAGAACGCAAUCUGAGCAGCACGGUCACAGUAAAAGUAACAGGUUGCCCUGGAAUAGAAGAGGACAAACUAAAAAAAUACAAAGGCGAGCUCUUCAUGCUGACUUGCCUUGGGAUUUUUUACUUGCUGCUCAUCUUCUUUACUUGCACAUGUCUAAGAAAAGAGAGUAUGUCUCCCAAUUACCAAAAAACAAGACCAGAUAUGAAGCACAUGCUUACCCUCAUCAAUGUACAUGAAAUAACAACUUUUCAGCAUGUAAACAGCGACAGCUCUUGCAAAAACGAGCUUACUUCAAGUUCUGUCUAAGCUGAUGUUGAUGGCACUGUGGACUCAUCAGUAAACACAAGCUGGAUGGCUGAGUGGUAUGGAGAGGAAAUAAAUGAUAAUAUAUGGUCACUUCAGAACAGCCUGAAAGUGCAGGGACCUUGUCAGUGAUCUGCUUGUGCUGGACAAGCCUUCGACAAGCACUGUUAUGCACUACGGUAGCUUUUGAGAGUUAGUCAGCUAAGAGAGACCUUUACAGCUACCCAACAUGGCACCAUGCUGUUAUGAGGUUGGUAUCAGCUCUGUUUCACUCUGCUGUGAAGCCCUCCUUUUCUGAGCAAGAAUAUGCUUCUCACAUGAAGACUGAGUUGUAGGGAGGCCAUGGCUGUGCAAAGCCAGCAGAUGAAGCUCUUUGCUGGACUGAUAUCUCCCACCUUUCUGAAGCAAACACAGUAGGUGCUGCAGUAUGAACAGAAACGUGUGCAGGGCUGUCUCUGAUCUGAGCCUGAUCCUGGAUGGAGUUCCUUUACUGCAAAUGAGAUGUAAUCCAUCAUGUGAUGUUCAGGUAGGCUGAAUAGGUAACUUCAUGCCCUUGCACUGGAAGGACCAAAGCAACAUUCACUCUUAAAUCUUAGAGUGACAGACAGGCUGAGAAGGAAGAAGAUUUUCUCAAAAUCUUUCUGGAUUGAAUGAACUUUUUAUCUCAGCAGGAAAAAUAGGGACAUAUUUUCCAGAUUAAUCUGUAGGAAGCUUCAAUGAGACUGUUAAUCUCAAGUAAGAAUGAAAAAGACUGUGAUAUUAAGGACAUGUAAAGAUGACUUAUCGUGUGGUUUACAAAACAUGGAGCCAAACAUAUGCAACACUUACGUCAGUCAAGUUACACAAGGCAGGACCGGAGCCAUGGCUUGGAGGAAAUCAACCAACCAUGUCUUUGGGAUAUACUGAGUUAGCUA